CGAUAGCAUAAUAACCAAUUAUCACUCGAUCUAUUAAUAACUACUACGAACGGAGUAUUUGAUAUGCUCAAAUGAUUGAAAUGAAUAUAACUACAAAGUACAAACAUAUGUAAAUUAAAGGUUUAAUUUACCCCUCACCCCCCAUCACUUCCACAUCCACAAAAACAAAAACAACACAGGGCGAUGCAAGCUAGCUAGCUAGGCUAUGCCGCAUGCAUCUUUUUAAGAAACUACAAAUGGCACAAUGAACAUGAAUCCUACUUAAAUGCAUGUAUGAUGAUUGAUACUCGUAGACAGCAUGAAAUGCGGCAUCAAACUCCGGUGGGUGCGGCGGACGGGGUGGGUGUUGGUGGGUUCGCUGGACUGGGUGUGGGUGAUGGGGUGGGACUGAUGGGUGUGGGCGGGGGCGGGGUAGGAGUGGGUGGAGGGGGCGGGGUGGCCGUGGGUGGGGAGGGUGGGGGUGUAAUGGGGGUGGGUGGGGUGAAUGGGAAAGGUGGGCUCAUGAUGGAGGCGCCGGAGAAGCAGCCGGAGACACAGUUGAUGUUGUCGCUGCCGCAACCGGUGACGCAGCCCAUGGAGUCGAGCACGGCGGCGGCGCUACACUGGAUGGCGCAAGUAAUGGCUCUCUGCCCACAGUUGAUGAUGCACUGCCCCACCAUCUGCGGCUGCCCGCCACCGCGCUCCACCACCACCAGCAACGCCAUGGUUAUUACCAUUACUUUUUGCACCAAAGACGACAUUUUGAGAAAUCCCAUUGGUCUGGUUUAUAAAUGGCAAGUUUUUUGUGGUAUUAAAAUCUGCAGAUAUUUUAUGAUGAAUUGAUGUUAUAUGGAAUUGUUUCGAUCGGUCCUGUUGAUUUAUACACAUAAAAAGGUAAAAAGGGAUACGUUAUUGGAGGCUGAAAUGGAGGAUGAAACUCAUGAAAGAGCUGAACAUAGCGUGGUAUGGCGGUGUACCGGACCGUCCAUCCGAGGCCCACGCUUUCCAUAUUCAAUUCUUCCAUUCCAUGACCAAUAUUUUCCUUAAUUACUCCGUAGUUUUUUGUGUGUGCUAAUAAUGAGAAAGUUCGUGAAAUAGGACUAAAAAAGUUUCAAAAUUCUAAAAUAAGACUGUCAUGUAUUUAUUCCAAAAAUGGG